AUGGAAGACUCAUUCUCCAGCAGCAGCAACUGCACUGACAAAGAAGACUGCAUUUCCAAAUUUCAGUCCAACCUGAGCCUCUCUAUAGGCUACUUCCCCUGUGAGAACAGCAUUGCCUGGAAGUACACUAACAACUCUGAAGAGAAGACUUCUGAGGGUUCUUCCUGCCACUUCCUCCUUCCUGUCAAAGAGUCAUGGGCGACUGAAAGUGGAAGGAUGCCCAUGAGGAAACAUAAACAAAUUCAGGAUGACCCAGAGAAGCUUUACUUACUAGCUACUUUGGAUCUAACAGGAGACAACCAGAGAAUGGAUAAGUUCCCACAGGAAAGGACAAAUCAGACUCUCUGGGAACUGGAUGAUCUAAUGAAAAACCUUAAGGCAUUUCUAAACCAUCAGGAAGAUGACAAUGACUCUGUGUUCUCUGAUUCUCCUCUGGAUGAGGAUCUUCAGCUGUCCAGCACCAUCUCUCCCCACAUGUAUCAGGUCAACAAUCAAAAACAUGAAACUUGUCAGGCCUUGCCCAACUGUGAACCACCAGAAAUUGAAGACAUCAGCCAGUUUCUAGAAAUGUCACCAUGGCUAGAAGAAGAUGAACUUGCUGAGGUGAGCAAAGAGGUGCCUCAGUACAGAGCAAGGGAUAGGCCUAGUGGGGGUGCCAGGUUGGACAGCAUGGAUCCUAACUUCCUGCUGUGA